GUUCCGGGCGGGUCCCGUGUGACGUGGCCGCGCGCUGGGGGCGGCUCCGGGCCGGGGGCCGGGCGGGGCAGAGCCGGGGCGGGGCGCGGGGCCGCAGCUGGAUGGCCGGGGCCGCCCGGAGCGCCGCUGCCGCUGCACGCUCGUGGCAUGCCUGGAUGUCCCUGCCCUGGCCGCAGCAUGGCGGGCCUGAGGCUCCUCUUGGUCACCUCGCUAGCCCUGGAGUUUCUGGGAGGUGUGGGGGGCUCCCAGCAGGCCCUCCGGAGCCGGGGGGCCGCAGCUGCCUGCCGUCUGGAUGGCAAAGAGAGCGAGUCCUGGGGUGCAGUGCUGAAUGGGGAGAGGCUGGAUACCUGGGUCUGCUCGCUGCUGGGCUCGCUCCUGGUGGGGCUGAGUGGGGUCUUCCCGCUGCUCGUCAUCCCCCUGGAGAUGGGGACCACGCUGCGCUCGGAAGCUGGGGCCCGGCACCUGAAGCAGCUGCUCAGCUUCGCCUUGGGAGGACUCCUGGGUAACGUGUUUCUCCACCUGCUGCCCGAGGCAUGGGCCUACACAUGCAGCGCCAGCCCUGGUGGUGAGGGGCAGAGCCUGCACCAGCAGCAGCAGCUGGGGCUGUGGGUUAUCGCUGGCUUCCUGACAUUCCUGGCAUUGGAGAGGAUGUUCUUGGACAACAAGGAGGAGCGUAGCAGCCAGGCCCCUCGCAAAGACCCUGCUGCUGCCGAGCUCAAUGGAGGCCGCUCCCUGGCCCAGCCGGCUGCAGCGCCCGGCUUGAGCGCCAUGGUCCGGAACGUCAGAGUCAGCGGCUACCUCAACCUGCUGGCCAACACCAUCGACAACUUCACUCACGGGUUGGCUGUGGCCGCCAGCUUCCUCGUGAGCAAGAAGAUCGGGCUCCUGACCACCCUGGCCAUCCUCCUGCACGAGAUCCCACAUGAGGUGGGCGACUUUGCCAUCCUGCUCCGGGCUGGCUUUGACCGAUGGAGCGCUGCCAAGCUGCAGCUCUCGACAGCACUGGGGGGCCUGCUGGGUGCCUGCUUUGCCAUCUGUACACAGUCCCCCAAGGGAGUAGAGGAGACUGUGGCCUGGGUCCUGCCCUUCACCUCGGGCGGCUUCCUCUACAUUGCCCUGGUCAAUGUGUUGCCAGACCUCCUGGAGGAAGAGGACCCAUGGCACUCACUGCAGCAGGUGCUCCUGCUCUGCUCAGGCGUCCUGGUGAUGGUGCUGUUCUCGCUCUGCGUGGAGUAGCUGUCCCAGCCCCCGCCCCCCCACAGCAAUAAGACUUGGAUUCGCUGUGACCACGUGUGAGGCAGAGGGCGAGUGUCUGUGAGCAAGCGAGCGAGCCCCUGGCCCGGCCGAUGGUGUGUGCGUGCACGUGGUGUGCACGUGUGACGGGUGUGUGCGAGACCCACAAGAGUCCUGAUGCCUGUGCUGCCCUCUCGUCCAGUUAGGAAGCAGCAGAGGUGGUUCCAGGCAGAGGCCUCCCCAACAAAACCCUGAGGGGGGGGGGGAAUGAGAGCAGCCCAGAACAACAGACCCCAAAGCUGCCUCUCACUGGUGCUUGGGUUCCUGGCCUGAAAGGGAGCCCGUCAGCACGGUGCCCAGCCCUGGGCAUCCAGGGACUACAGCUGUGGCACCCUCUGCUGGGCCCACUGCCCUGGCCCUCCCUUCACCAGCUCUAAGGCCAAAGAAAGGAGAGACAGGGUGCCUGCGUAGCCCCCAGCUCCCCUCAGCACUGACAGCCCUGCUCCUCCCGGCAUGCACAGGGAGAUGCUUCCUAAGAUCUUUCCCUCGCCGCUGCCUACCCUGGGCUGCUGCUGUGGCCGCAGUGAAUGUUCCCUGGCAGCGCCGGCAGCUCCUGCCACCUCCAACUGCCAAACGGCAGCCCACAGGGCCUGGAGCGGCCUCUAGUCCAGUCCAGCUCAGGGAUGCCCCAGCCAGUCCGGGGGCAGAGUGAGGCUGAGCCCCAGCUGCCCCCCUUGCUCGCCUGCUGAGUGGGAGCGGCGAGGACCCAGUGCAUUGUCAGCACUCAGGAAUGUGCUCUGGGAGAAUGCUGAAGCCAUAAUCCCCAGCUAUUUCCCUUGGCUGGAGCCCAGGUACUCUCAGCUGGUCCAUUCCAGAGGGCUCUGGCUGAGCUGCGGGCCGUGGGAGUUCUGAGGUGGCUGUGGAGAGCCUGCAGUGGGUCACAGCACUUCUGCUGUGGUUCCAUUGGUCUCUGUAAAUACUUGUUCUAUAAAUAAGAUGCAAAUAAAUGUUCUACACCAA